AUGGCGCCAUCCGGUGAGUCUUUUUCCAGAACUUUCUUCAAAAGUCCGAAAACAAAAAGUGCUUCAGCCGAGUACGGUUCGUACGUCUUCCAAGUGAAUUUCGCCGCCACGCUCGUCGGCACGAUUACGGUGGCCGCGUUCGGCGCCGCCGUCGUUCUCCGCGUCUUCCGCAUGACUCAGGUCGGUGGCCGAACUCUUUGAACGGGAUUUCUAGGCCACGCGCGCGCAACUGGGAAUUGAGAAAAAGUCCCUGAAUGCUCGGUUCGAGGCUUCGAAUUCAUUAUUUUUCCACAAUGUAUCUCCUACCCCGCUCAAAUCGAACUUCAGGCGUUCUAUACGGAUCCUAGGCCACCGCUCAUCAUUUUGCAGAUCACAAAUUCGCUGUUCAACGCGUGCGUGCACAUGAAACGAGCGGGAAAAGUGCUGAAAAUGGAGUGUCUGGAUCGGACGACGUUGUGCACGAUCGCGCUCGCAAAGGGCGGUAUAGACGCGAAAACGGUGUGUGUGGCCGAGAAAAAUCCUAGGCCAUCUUGACACGUUUUUUUUUCCGGUGCAUUUCAGAUGAUCGACGACUACGAAAAGUUGUACGCGAAACCGAUAAAACUGCUCGGCAAUGUGUUCGGAUGCGAUGAGAUUACCACGGAUUUUGUGAAAUAGUAGGCGCCGCCUGAAACAGUUUUGAGGAAAAACGUUUUUGCAGUUAUGACUCGUCGCUCAUUGCGGCGGAGAAAACAUCGAAGAAGACCAAGUAA